CUCAUUGAGGUUAGCUUUCUUUCACCCUCCUCAAACCAACAUGGCAACAGGAUACCUUAUAAAUCGUGGUGUUUUAACAUUUGGUAUUCACUACCGAAAUGUUUGUAGAAAUAUCUUAUUCACUCAGACCAGAGAAAAGAAACGAUGGAUGAAAGCGUACACCUUGUUAAUGGAAAGGAAAUUAAAACUUGAUGGUCCUCCACUGCCUAAGCCACGCUCUCAGCAGCCUAAUUGGGACUACCAUGCAGAGGUCCAGGCGUUCAGCAGCCGCCUCCAUGAGAAUUUUUCCCCUCAGCUCCUGAAGACAGCUUUCAUAAACCCCUGUUACAUUGAGUCUGAGCAAGAGAGAAGACACUCAUUAGGCAUGGACACAGAGACAACUGCACUUGUCCUUAACGAUAACAAUCAGUUAAACACCAACGGUUUGAAAUUCACCCAAGACUUCUUGGAAGAGUGGUGCAGGGCAAGCUUUCCUUGUUUGCCUACAGAGGGUGUCUCUGCCUUGGUGGGGCAUUUAACCAGCCAUGCAGUUGUGUGCCAUGUAGCAAGAAACCUCGCUAUUGAAGACCUGGCCAUGAGUGCCAAGUUUCCUGUCCCGGAUGAAGUUCUGCACAGAACAUUUAUGGCUGUGAUUGGGGCACUCCAGGAGAGUAGUGGGGCAGAGCGGGCUGGACUUUUCCUCAGGGACUUUCUGAUCACCCAGCUAGUAGGGAAGGACCUGUUUGAGGUGUGGGCCGUAGUAAACCCUAUGGGCCUGCUGGUUGAGGAGCUGUCAAAGAGAAGUGUUCCCCUUCCAGAGCCACGUCUCACCAGGUCGGCUGGCGCCAGUACCGUUCUCCCACUGUACUUUGUAGGAUUAUACAGUGAUAAGAAGCUUCUGGCUGAGGCUCCUGGAGAGACUGUUUUUGGUGCGGAGGAGGAGGCUGCCCGGGUAGCCCUGCGGAAGCUGUACGGCUACACGGAGAACCGGAGGCCCUGGGACUUCUCUGCACCCGAGCUAUCUCAGGCUUCAGCUGUCAAGUCCAUAAGCAGCAGCUAAAGGCACUCAAUGUUUUGUAGCUUAAUGAUAUCACAAAGUCCUCAGAAAACUGACUAUUUGAAUUACAGUGUUGUCUAUUUGGCUAAAUGUUUUCAGUGUAAUAUAUUUUUGAUCUGUGAGUCAAAUAUUCAUAAUAAAUAUGUA